GACUCCAACUGUCUUAAAUGUCCUCCGUUGUAAUGUUGACAUAAAUUCGACCACGUCUGUUGUUUUUUAUUCUUUCUUGAAGUAGCCUGGCGCAGAGAAAGCACUCAGUGUUACUUUUGCACUGACAUGGAAGCUCUGCGUAAAGACGUAAAGGAUAAUCCGUCGUCAAAGGCUAAUCUUUUCUCCAAGCUUUUCUUCUGUUGGUUGAACCCCUUGUUCAAGACUGGCUACAAGAGGAGGCUGGAGGAAAAUGACAUGUACAAGGUUCUUCCUGAGGAUGCGUCUGACAGACUGGGGGAGGAGUUACAGUGGUACUGGAACCAUGAAAUGAAGAUAGCGAUAAAAGAACAACGGCAGCCUGAACUCACCAGAGCCCUCAUAAAUUGUUACUGGAGAUCCUACGUCCUCAUCGGAAUUUACAUCUUCCUCCAGGAAGUCAUCAAAGUCAUUCAACCACUGUUACUCGGUAAGCUCAUUGAGUACUUCGAGGGUCCUGGCACAACUGCAGUCUACAUGGCCUACAGCUACGCAGCUGGCCUCUGCAUAGCCACUGCCUGGAUGGCCUUCCUCCACCAUAUCUAUUUCUAUCAAGCCCAGAGAGCAGGCAUGAAGAUCCGGGUGGCCAUGUGUCACAUGAUCUAUCGGAAGGCUCUCAGUCUUAACAAUACUGCGCUGACCAAAACAACGACGGGACAAAUUGUCAACCUGUUGUCCAACGACAUCAACAGAUUUGAUGAGGUGACAUUAUAUUUGCACUUUCUCUGGAUCACCCCCUUCCAAGCAACAGCGGUUAUACUAUUGUUGAUGUAUUGGAUCGGCCAAUCGUGCCUUUCCGGAAUGGCUGUCCUCUUCAUCCUGUUACCAGUGCAGACGAUAUUUGGAAGGCUCUUUUCAACACUGAGAGGUGACACUGCAGUACUAUCUGAUGAGAGGAUCCGCACAAUGAAUGAAGUCAUCUCGGGAAUCCGUGUUAUAAAAAUGUACGGGUGGGAGAAGCCCUUUGCUGCACUCGUGGAUGAAAUCAGAAAAAUGGAAAUCUCCAAAAUAAUGAAAAGUUCUUAUCUGCGUGGCUUGAACAUGGCGUCUUUCUUCGUGGCCAGCAAGAUCAUAAUUUUUCUGACGAUUUCUGUCUACGUGCUGACGGGUAGCCAGCUGUCUCCGAGUGCCGUAUUCAUGGCCGUCGCCCUCUAUGGCGCCGUCCGACUCACCGUCACGCUCUUCUUCCCCUGUGCCAUUGAGAAGCUCUCGGAAUCACUCAUCAGCAUCCAGAGAAUUAAAAAUUUUCUCCUUCUAGACGAAGUUGCUCCUCAGCAUCUGGGCCUCCCAGUGGCUGACAAAAAAGACUGCAUGUUGAAGAUUGAAGAUUUAGUGUGCUAUUGGGACAAGAUGCAAGAGGUUCCAACCUUACAGAUUCCAUCUUUCACAGUGAGAGCCGGUGAGCUACUUGCUGUAAUAGGUCCUGUUGGCUCAGGGAAGUCUUCACUCCUUAGUGCUAUCCUUGGAGAACUGAGCCAAGAAAGUGGCGUGGUCAAAGUCCGAGGGGAUCUGACCUACACUUGCCAGCAGCCCUGGAUUUUACCCGGCACAGUCCGCAGCAACAUCCUGUUCGGCAAAGAGCUCAACCGCUUCAAGUACGACAGAGUGCUUAGAGCCUGCGCCCUCAAGAGAGACGUGAAGCUGUUGCCGGGUGGCGAUUUGUCACCCGUUGGAGACAGAGGCGCCAAUUUGAGUGGAGGACAGAAGGCGAGAGUCAGCUUGGCCAGUGUACCAGGAUGCAGACAUCUACCUUCUGGACGACCCCUUAAGUGCUGUAGACGCCGAAGUGGGCAAGCAUAUCUUCGAAGAGUAAAAGAACAGCAUCGCACACAAGACACAAUGGCUGCUUUUGUUACACGUUUUCAAACUAUUCUUCGUUGCAGGUGCAUUUGUGGACUUUUGUGGGACAAGCCCCGCAUUCUUGUCACUCAUCAACUGCAGUAUUUAAAGGCAGCGCAUGAAAUUGUAGUCUUAAAGGAGGGUCAAUUGGUGGCAAAGGGGAGCUACAGUGAGCUGCAGAGCUCUGGACUUGACUUCUCCUCACUCCUUAAGGAAGACGAUAACCUGGAAGAAAGAACAAGUGUGACCUCCAUCUCUGGCAGGGCCUCCUUCUGCCUCUCCACUCUUUCUGACAAGACCAUGUCGUCCAUGGCCUCCCUGUCCGCCUCCUGUUAUUCGCUGAGGGAGGAUACGCUCACAUUGGAUGCGCAGCCCACGGAGGAGGAAAGGCGCUCGCAAGGAGACGUCGGCCUGCAAAUAUAUAUCAACUAUUUCAGAGCGGGCGCUAACUUCCUGGUUCUCUCCAUCCUUCUUCUCCUCAACACUUUAGCACACGUGGCGUUUGUGCUGCAGGACUGGUGGCUUGCUCAUUGGGCCUCUGAGCAGCAGCACAUCAAUACAACACAGCGCCUCAAUGACAGCCUCCCCACACAGCUGGACCUUGGCCUAUACCUCAGUGUUUACGCAGGUUUAACAGUAGCAGCGGUUGUGUUUGGCUUGGUUCGCAGCCUGGUUUUCUUCAACGUCCUUGUGAGCUCAGCUCAGGCUCUUCACAACCGGAUGUUCCACGCCAUUCUGCGGACACCGGUGCAUUUUUUCCAAAUUAAUCCCACCGGAAGAAUCCUCAACAGGUUCUCCAAAGACAUCGGCUACCUUGACUCUCUCCUGCCGUGGACAUUUGUGGACUUCACCCAGGUGUUCCUGCAAGUCCUUGGUGUGAUUGCGGUGUGUGCCACUGUCAUGCCCUGGAUUCUCGUCCCGUUUAUUCCUCUCUUCGCCAUCUUCCUGUAUCUGCGACGCUACUAUCUUCAGACUUCCAGAGACAUCAAGCGCUUAGAGGCGACCACAAGGAGUCCUGUCUUCUCCCAUCUCUCUUCUUCCCUGCAAGGCCUGAGCACUAUCCGAGCAUUCAAAGUUCAGCAGAGAUUUAAGGAGAUGUUUGAUGACUAUCAAGAUCUCCACUCAGCGGCCUGGUUCUUGUUCCUGACGACCUCUCGGUGGUUAGCCGUGCGCCUUGAUGGGAUUUGUUGCAUAUUCGUCACCGUUACUGCUGUCGGCUGCAUUUAUUUCAGCGAUGACAUGGACCCUGGAGCAGUUGGCCUGGCUCUAUCAUAUGCUGUGACACUGACAGGCAUGUUCCAGUGGGGUGUCAGACAAAGUGCGGAGAUCGAGAACAUGAUGACGUCCGUAGAGAGGGUGGUGGAAUACGCCGAGUUGAAGAGCGAAGCACCCUGGGAGACUGACACAAUGCCACCGCAUGAUUGGCCCAAGAGAGGCUCCAUCACAUUUGAGUCUGUCAACUUUUCCUACAAUACUAGCGAGCCUUUAGUCCUAAAGAAUUUGACUGUGGUCUUCAGAUCCAGAGAAAAGGUGGGCAUUGUGGGACGCACCGGUGCUGGUAAGAGCUCUCUGAUCUCGGCCUUGUUCCGCCUGGCAGAACCUGAGGGCACGAUCAUGAUUGAUGGCUUCCGCACAUCUGACAUUGGACUGCACACCCUGCGCCAGAAGAUGUCCAUCAUCCCACAGGACCCAGUUCUCUUCACGGGCAGCAUGAGGAAGAAUCUGGACCCUUUCAGCGAGCACACAGAUGAGGACCUGUGGAAUGCGCUCCAAGAGGUGCAGAUGAGGGGUGCGGUGGAGGAGCUGCCCAAUAAACUGGAGACGCUGCUGACAGAGUCCGGCUCCAACUUCAGCAUGGGUCAGAGGCAGCUCUUGUGUCUUGCCAGAGCCAUCCUGCGCAACAACCGGAUCCUGGUCAUUGACGAAGCCACGGCCAAUGUCGACCCCAGAACUGACAGCCUGAUCCAGCAGACAAUCCGGGGCAAGUUUCAAGAGUGCACCGUCCUCACUAUUGCUCACAGGCUCAACACCAUCAUCGACUGUGACAGAAUACUGGUCCUGGAUGCUGGUCAAAUCCAAGAGUAUGAUGAGCCUUACAUGCUGCUCCAGAACCACGAAGGCCUUUUCUACCAGAUGGUCCAGCAGACAGGUCGAUCAGAAGCUGCUUCACUGCUGCACAUGGCCAAACAGGUGCACCAGAACAAAAAGCAGGAGGUGCGUCACCUCCAGGACGUCGUCUUUGAGACGUCUCUUUGACAUUUUGGAGAGCAACUUUGACCGCCGUCGCCAACCGAGCCCUAAUGGAAGUAUUUAUUUAUUUAUUUGACUGUAUAUUGGAAUGUCCACUCAAGCUUGUGUCUGUGCCUUUAUUGAUAGCACCUUACUACGUUCAUCUAUGUGCACUGGAGACUUCAGUGCUGUGCGGUGUAUUCAUUCUUUUGCAUGGAAAGGAAAAUUUGGCAAUGGCUGUGCCUAUUCCUUUCAAUGUUUUUUUUUUUUUUUUGGUCUGUUCUCUCUCUUUUUUUUCUUUCAAUAACGAGUCUUCCUGCAUUUUGAACAACCUGACCACUGUACUGUAAGUCAACCUCAGUUCAGGAAACAAGAGGACACCUGAAAUGUACAAAAAUCAUCUGCCUUAAAAACAACAUUCAAAAGCCAUGUUUGCGCAGUAUCGUGAUUUGACAGAUCUACUACUGUACUGUAUGCCAGCAUGUUUUCAUUGAGUUGAGGAACCAUUUUCAUCAAGUACAGCAAGGCACACUGUUCGAACGCAGUAUUUGUUGGCUCUAAAACGUUUAACAUCCUGAUGGUCCCUUUCGUCUUAAGUCCAGAAGAAAUUAAAUGCAUGAUUUUUUAACCAAUUUGAAAUGUGGAUUGGUAAGACACUUUUCCAAUUCAUACCUGUCCAUUUCAGAUGAACUCAGGGCCACAGAAUUAUGGAUGUUGUUGAUAAAAUGGCUUUUGCUUUGCAUGCUAAAGUUUUAACUUGAACUUAAUGUUUUUAAACUGACUUUUUUUUUUUUUUUUUGCUCACGCAGUUUUUCACAAAGUGGUAAACUUAGCUUUUGCUUCUUUCACCAAAUCACACUUAACUAUUUCCCUUCAACCUGCUCACCUCUGGAAUGCUCCAAUCAGGUAUUUUUGUGAGCAUUUGUCAACAUCCCAACUUUGUUGGAUGUCUGAUUUGUAAAUUACUAGUGAGACAACAUACCAGGGCAGUACGAGAUGACCAAUGGAAAAAGCCAUAUACAAUACGUUUGGUGCUGAAUUUGGAAGGUCAUGAAAAAAAACAGCGUAAUGGCAUAUCUUUGUAUUUUUUUACAAUUUGAAAAUGGCAUACCAAAAAUCAAACUAGUCUUCUUGAAAAUUAUGCUUUGACCCUAUGUGUUCCAGUGAUGUUUGAGUGAAUGUUUGGAGUGUUAUCACCAUUUUGUUCUAACUGCACUAAUAUGAGAAACGAUGUAUUUCUAUUACUUGAGUUUAGAAAGUGAGAAAUAACAUAUUUUGCGCUGUUCAUAGAAAAAACGGCAUAUAUUUUCUCUUUCUUUGGUGCAUUUACUAUUGAAUUGGCUGUAUUACAGAACUGUUAACGAAGGCAUAUCAGAUCUACACAAACAUUUUGAAGUAGUCAUCAGUUUUUGUUAUUAGUUUAGUUUUUUAUUCUUAGUGUGGCCUUAAUAUUUUAUUUCUUAAUAUUUAUAUAAUUACAGACUACAGUAUUAUAUAAUUUUACGUUCAAUAAUAUGACAUGUUUUAAUGAAGUAUAAGACGAUAUAAUGCCCAUGCAAUAAACUGUCAUUCCCUGUCUUUUUGUCUUUGCUGCUUCACAUUCAUUGAGCGACUCCGACAAGUCGGAGUUGACUACGCGGCAUCUUUGCUUAAUUUAACAUGUCAGUGGUACAAUAAUGACAGCGGCCCAAUUACAAUGUGAUUUUUGUCAUUAGCAGCUCAAUUAGCAAGCAAGCAUCACAUAACUGCGGAUAGAGGGAUGAGCUGGGAAUGGAUGAGCUGCGCAUUUGGCUGACAUGCUCAAUGAUGUUCAUGUCUGGUGUCUGGGCUGGCCAGUCCUGGAGGAUCUUGAUCUUCUUUGCCUUGAGGAACUUUGAAGUAUGCGAUAGAGAACCAUCCUGAUGCAGAAUGUGUCCCUUUUUAUGGUUAGGAAUGUAAGAGGCAGCUAGGAUUUGCUGAUAUUUCAGACUAUUUAUGUUGCUUUCCACCCUGCAGAUCUCUCAGUGUGCAGACAAUUAAAAAAACAUACGGCAUUUGCCAAGGCCCACUACCUGUCAAAAGGAUGGAUGCUGGAAAAGCGGCAAAAGGUGGAUUUUUCCAGAUGAAUCUUCCACUGAAUUACACCACAGUCUCCGCAAAUAUUGUAGGAGACCUACUGGAGCCCGGAUGGAUCAGAGAUUCAUUCAGAAAACAGUGGUGGCAAAGUUUGGUGGUGGCAAAAUCAUGGUCUGGGGUUACAUCCAGUAUGGGGGUGUGCAAGAGAUCUGCAGGGACUCUAUACUUACGUAUGGAACUGAAUACAUAAUAAAAUGCUCUUUAUUGUGAUUUUUUUUUCUCACAUAAUGGAAAAAUAGGUUGACUAAAGACACACCUCAUAAUUCAAUCACUGCCAUUGAAGGUACUACACAAAUUAUACCUCCUCUAAAAAUGGCAUAUUAACACAUACAAAACACAAAGGAAACGCAUCGACAACCUUCCUACUGUUGUAAAUGCUUAAGUUAUUUUUUUAUAAAUUAGCUUACUGUCUGCCAUUGACGAUGCUAGACGUCUCAUCCAUUUUGACUGGGAGGUC